AUGGAGAAGUUAAGUCAAUUACGUGUUCGUGUAAAGCUGGACUUGGCGAAAAAUGUAAACAUAUUAUGGCUGCACUACUGUUCUGUUCCAGUAGUUUCUUGCACUGAUAUUAAAUGUCAGUGGAAGCAAAAGUAUAAAGACACGCUACAGAAUUACGUGGCUCGCCCUUUGGAGGAACACGAAUGUCUGAAAUCCACGAACAACAAUAAUCCCCUGAGCGAAGAUGUGGAAAUGGCAAUAAAAUCGAUACUGUUGCAAAAUUUGCCAAAUUCUGCUUUUUCGAAACAUGUGUCUGGAAGACACAAUCCUGUAAUAUUAAAGUCAGUUGAGGAUAACGCAGGCGGUACAAGUAUCGGUGAAACUUUGAACGAGGCAAUCGAAGUCUUGUUUGCGCUUCAAAGGAGUGAAUUCAUGGAUGCUAUCAAGAAUGUUUCCGUAACAGUCAAGCGAAGCUGUUGCGAGGAAACAAUUCAAAAAAUGAAGGACGAUUUCGCAACGAUAUGCAAAAGAAGCAAGGAAUCAUAUUCCGAAUGGCAAAAGCAGCGACGGUAUCGGGUUACAGGUUCCAGAUGCUACGCAUUGUACGCUACGAGAAGGACUAAUGCGGACUGGAACAAAAAAUGCGACCAGUAUUUCAAUCCGAAAAGUUUCGCAAGUAUGUACACGGAGUACGGGAAAAAAACAGAAAGUGAGGCUCUCGAAGUAUUCAAGACUACCUUUAAUUUAACAAUAAUUCAAGUUGGCCUAGUCAUAUCGAGUCAAAAUCCGUGGCUCGCUUAUUCACCCGAUGGAAUAAUUUAUGAAAAAAACGUUCCUACGAAACUAGUUGAAAUCAAAUGUCCUUUUAAAGGCAAGUCGAAGACUGUAAUGGAAGCUAUACAAUUUGAGUUCAAAAAAGGGCUGGUGAUUGAAAAUGAAAAUAUUAGUUUAAAGGAAAAGCACGCCCACUAUGCUCAAAUUCAACUGGGAAUGGCAGUUUUGAAUUUAAAAAGUGCUUUCUUCGUCAUAUAUGCUUCUUUUGAUAAGAGCAUACUAGUGAUUGAUGUUCCGUUUAAUGAAAUGUAUACCUUUAAUAUGUUGAGUGUCUUGAAGAAAACGUAUUACGAUAAAAUGGUACAUUUCAUAUGUCCCAACGAUGAAAACAGUAAUAAAGAGCGUUAGGCUAUUACCUAAACGUAGAAA